AUGGAAUCACAUUUGUACAAGGGUGUUGAGCCUUCUGAUUUCUACAACAAGCUCGAGAACGUCCUUUCGACUCAAACGAGUGUGUUUAAGAUACAUAUUGCUCUCGGGUACGAACUUGUCAGCAAGACCGAUCCUGACGACACUCGCUACUUCUACCCAAAUCUCGCUAAUACUAAUGUAUUUAAUAAUCCUAUCGCUAUCAAUAGCAAAGCUGAUAUUCAAAAGAAGGUGAUUUCGGAAAUCCGUUCUAUGGAGUUGGCUGACAAACUGAAUUACCCCAGCUCUGGAUAUAAGCUCAAGGCUAUCACUGCGUUCAAGAUUUUCCUCUACCAUCGCGAGCAUUCUAUCGGAGAUAGCGAAGCUGUCAUCCCUAAGAUUAUUCGCGAAAACAAGCAUGUGAUCAACUUUCCCAAGACCAACAACAAGUGCGUCUUCUACUGUAUCGCCUGGCAUACAUUCCAGAGCCCUAAAAAGGGUCCUCGAAGAAUUCAGGCUCAGGUGAAGGAGGCAUUCAAGCGUUACUGUUCUUUCAAGGGGAUUAAAUAUUCUUUGAGCCUGUUUAGGAGUUUCAAGCACAUUAACCUACUGCAGCUCGAUGAGGUUGAAGACCGCUUCCAACUUGGUAUUAACGUAUAUAAGAUGGAUGCAGUUUCUGGAAAUGUAGAAUGCAUUCGUAGAUCGGACAAGGGGUAUGAAGCUAUGGAUAUUUUAUCGUUCGAGAAUCAUGCUCUCUACACCAAGAACAUCGAUAUGCCUCAGGCUAAGUAUCAAUGUCCUAAGUGUGACAUGGUUUUUGUCAGUGCUGAAAGCCUUAAAAACCACAAAAAGAAUCACUUCCCAGCUGAGCCAACUAUCUACAAACCAGCUCAGAACGCAAUACGAUCACUGCCUACGAAGUAUUCAAUCAAGAAUGCUGACCAGUACAUCGAUCACUUCAUCGUGUAUGACUUUGAGGCCAUCCUUAAGCCUAUCGCGACUCAACGCGGAGAAAAUACUGUCUUCACGAACGAGCACAUCCCGAUGUCUGUAUCAGUAGCUGAUAGUUUAACCGAGGAGGCGCGUUGCUUUGUAAAUGAUGAUCUGAAGAUGCUACUUAUGGAUAUGUUCAAAUACAUCGGUGGUGUAUCCGUGAAGAUCAAGCAGUACAAUGUCAAUAAGUACAAGUCGCUUUUACAGAAAAGCAUCAUCGCUCACGGUCUGACAGGUAUGGAAAUUCCAGGAGUCAAUCUUGGUAAGAUCUACAAGAUGUCUGAUGUCGAGGGUUGGAUUGAACAAGGAAAGUAUGCCAGCUUCUCUGACUUUCAUAGCAGUCUUGGCUUUGGUAAGCAAAGGUCUGAUUACGGGGAGCUAAAACAGCAGAUUGAUCAGGAUUUGUUUGCCGUUAUUGGUACCGAUAACAUUAAAUCUGCCAUCAAGAAUCCCAGCUACAUGAGCAUUGCUACAUCAGACAUGAAAAUGCUCGAUAUUAGCAAUUAUGUACCAGCUGGUACCAGCUACGAUAAAUUAUACUAA